GCAUGACUGGAAUUAACUCUUUAAAUGAGUGACUGACAGGACAGAGGGGACUCCUGUGUCUGUGUGUGUUUCACUGCACUGUGAGACAAACCUGUGAGCAGCUCAGUCAUCAUGUUGCAGCAGAGGAUCUUCCACUCACUUAUUAAACAGGUCCGUUCAGCCUCGGCGGCUCGAGGAGCCCCUAAAGCUCUGACGCCAGGGGUCCUGUUCCCUCGCGUGCAGCGCAGGAGCAAAUCAAGUCUCCCGGAUGCGAGGGAGCAGACUCUGGUUGCAGUGAAGCCRGACGGAGUUCAGCGUCGCCUCGUGGGGCAGAUAAUCCAGCGCUUCGAGCAGCGAGGUUUCAAGUUGGUGGGUCUGAAGAUGCUGCAGGUGUCUGAAGAGCUCCUGUCUGAGCACUACUGUCAGCUGAGGACGAAGCCUUUCUAUCCCGGUCUGCUGCGUUACAUGACCUCAGGACCUGUGGUGGUCAUGGUGUGGGAAGGACACAACGUUGUCCAGAUGUCUCGAACGAUGGUGGGACACACGAACCCGACUGAGGCCCAGUCAGGAACCAUCAGAGGAGACUUUAGCAUCCACAUCAGCAGGAAUGUGGUCCACGCCAGUGACUCGCUGGAGGGGGCUCAAAGGGAGAUCCAGCUGUGGUUUCAAGCCAAAGACCUGCUGGACUGGGACUGCUGUGACCGGGCCAGCACCAGUGAGAUAUGAAGAUGCAGCAGCGAGGGUUAGAUUUACUGCCUCUUGCAGCUCAGAGACCUGAUCUCAACUACUUAGAACCUCAGAAUAUAAAACAAAUAUGUUAAAGCCAUGUGGGGUUUAAAACUAUUAGCUAUAUUAGCAACUAAACACACUUUUAAUUUMUCUUUUACUAACAUAGUCUUUUUUAUAGUAAUGGAUGAUGGCCUCAAAAUGAAACCAAAAUUAAUUGAAGGGGGGGAAAAGGCUGAAACAAACCUUCUAAUAGCUUAUAUGUUUGGUGUAUUAAUCCUAACAAAUUUAAAAUGAUACAACAGAGGCUGUUGCUAACUGAAGAGGCAAAUAAGCGCACAUUGAUGGCACAUCUGUUUAUGUAAAGGCUUGUUGGUGACAGUAUGUGGAACACUAGAAAAUGGCCUUUAGCUCAUAAAAGAGAAAUCUAAUUCAGUCACGUCAAACAASCUGGUGCUGAAUAUUAUUCAUUUUGCAGAGAUGCAAAUCUGUUUUUACUUGUUUCUGGUUGUUCAGCUUUGCUGCACUCAAGAGCUUCUUGAACAUUCUGAACACUGCAAAAAAAUUGUGUGAACAAAUAUACAGGAGUCCCAUUCACUCACAUCCACCCUCCGUCAGCAAAGGAGCACUCUGUAGUAAAGAUGACAUAGUUUCUCAUUUAAUUUGAAAAGGCAUGACUUAUAUUUGAAUUGAAAUUCUUUGCAAAAAAUUAUGAAUUAAUUUAGGGUAUUUAUCUGCUUUAAUGCUGACUUACUUUUCUCUCUGAUUCACACAAACUCUUUCAGGAACAAAUAGGAACUUGAUGUCUUCAGUCUCCAAGAAAAGGACAAUAAAAACUAAUAAUGAUGUUUUUAGUGAGAUAUGGUUAACAAAGUAAAUUAUACAUCUCAAAGAGAAUAAGUGACAUUUAGAUUUCUGAAGUGUGUCACAUGCAGCAAAUAUCACCAAACAUGAUUUACAUUAAAACUUAACUUUUUAAAAAUAAUGUCAGUUUUGGAUAGACAUUUUAAUACGAUUAUUAAUUUUAUAGCCUGUUUGUUUUCAUUUACAUCAAAAGCCCCAUCUUAUUGAGUUUCCCAUUUCCUCAUGCAUUCUUUAUCUGCUGUUGUGUAUUUUAAUUUUACACCUCCCUUUUUAAAGAAAUUGUAAAUAUAUAACCAUAAAAAAUUUAAGAUGCACUAACACAUUUUAAAUGUGUUUUUUUUCUGGUGCUGUGGAUAUUCUGAUGAAAAAAAAAAGAACAUUUUGAACCAUUCUGCCUCUGAAAAAAGUAAAUAAAGGGCAGUUCAGGACAAGCUGAAAACAUUAGGGAUGUUUGCACAAGAACAUUUGACCUUGCUUGUUAGGGAAAAAACAAAAACAAAUGUGGAAACAGUAAAAUGUUCCCAACUUCUUUUAAUCCUCUCUAAAACUGGUUAAAAAAAAUGACUUGAGUAUUCAUGUUGUCUUGUAACUUGUUCGAAAACUUUACAUUAUGUGUUAAAUGAAUGUUUAAAUUCUUGUCGCAGAAUAAAGAAAGAAGAUAAUUAAUUAGGACCAAUAAUAUAUGUAUAUUUUUGUGUUUGUCUGAAUUAAUAAACGGCUGCACCAGGUGACAUUUCCUAAAAAUGACUGAUGUGAAUUGAUAAAUAUGUACACAGGGCCAUGCUGUAUUAUGAGGUGGGGUACUGCUGGUGGCUUUUAAGACCAGAUGUCUCUUCUAUCUUUGUUUCUUUUUCUCACAUGGGACAAUAUGCUGUCACAGUCAGGGUAGAACAUUAAUGAAAAAUGCACAAAGUACAAAGAAAACCUUUUAGUAAUUGCAAACGAUUACAAAAAAUCUGUCUCCUUGGCAUCAAAAUAUCACAUGGAUAACAACUCAGAUAUCACUGUUUAUCAAAAGAGCACUUUAAUGUGUACACCAUACAUGUGUUUUGUGAUUCUCUGUCAAAGGUGCUUCAUAAAUCAGGACAAAACAUUAAAUGAUUUUUGCUUAAACUGAAUUUUUAAAGCAAUACAGGAGAUGCAAAAAUGUUAUUCUUUUGUGUGAGACUUGUUUGGAAUACUGUAUUAGUUUUUAAGAACAUGUUUAAGUUGAUGUCAUGAUGAACUGCCAGUCAUUACUGUCUUGACCAAUAAAAUAGCUCUUAAAAACA